CAGCUGCUGCUGAACAUGUCCGCGUUGUCGCAGAUGACGUUCGUCGGCCCCGUCGCGCAGGUGCAGCCGCAGGUCCCCAUGCAGAUGUGGCUGGACAACUUGUGCACGUGGGCCAAGCUGAGGGUCGAUUGCGACCUCGAGGGCUUGGUCAAAGCGGGCAGCAUCGUCGAGAUGUUGAAGUCGAACUUUUCAAUUUACAAGGGGGACGCUCUGAAGAUCUCCAUUUUCAAGGCGCAGGGCAGUGACGGUUCCAGUGCUCCAGCUCCCAAGGGCAAGGAGUACAUGAUGGAAGAUGAAGUGUUUUGCAACGCCUGGAUCUUCGUCAUGGUCAGUACGAACGCUACUGACGAUGAGGGCAACGCCGUCGACGACGUGGACUCGAUGAUGGACGGCUGGUCGAAGCUCAGCGACCCUUGCACUCCCACGAGUGAGAACUGGUUGCAGGACGUGCUGGCUUUCAUUGUGGAGACAAAGGAGUGGAAAUCGGUCAGCGUCCCGAUCGGCAACGAUUGGGACACCGAGCGCCUGACCGUGUCUCGCUUCAAGAAGUGCUUGGGCUCGACACUCAAGGUUGAGGACUACAAAGAAAUGAGGGUCUGGCGCAGCAAAGGACACCGCGCGGUGCAGCCGUGCUUGCGUGGCAACGUGGUCCUGCCGACGAACGCAUGGUACGUCGUGAGCUUGUGUGGCGACACGGACGUCCAGGCACUGCCAAUGAGCACCUGGAACGACGUGCACCCUGAGUUCGACUGGGACGACGUGGACGAGAACGGCGUCCAGUAG